UUUGAUACAAAUAAUGAAAUUGAAAACAGGGUGAAAUGUUUUGGACAGGAAAGUAAAAAUUUGGAUCCUGAAAUCAUAAUUGCCUUGAAGGAAAUGCUUGAUCAAAACAAUGCACUUGCCAAGAGUUUUCGAUAUGCAAGGGACCGUUUUAAAUAAGAUAAUCUUGAAGGUGUCAAGAUGAGACUGGUUCAACGAAUGAACAAGGAUGGAAGAACAUACAAUCUACCAUCUGCAUCUGAAGUGGCUGCAUUGGUUGUUGGAGAUAUUAAUGAUGGAUAUAGGAAUGAUGUUAUGCUCAACCUUCUGACAUCAUCUGAGGGUGGUGGGAGGAAAACAAAACGUGGGCUUCCCCAUGCGCAUAUAUUGUUAUGGUUACAUCCGGAUGACAAGCCAAAAUUUGCAGAGGACCUUGAUAAAAUCAUUUCAGCAGAAAUUCCUGACGAAGUACUGGAUCCAGAAUUGUAUGAUGUUGUUAAGGCUUGCAUGAUGCAUGGACCGUGUGGAAGAGCAAAUCUUAAAUUGCCUUGCAUGAAAGGUGGUAAGAAUUGCACAAAACACUUUCCCAGAGGAUUUUGCUCUAGAACUACAAUAGAUGAAGAAGGCUUCCCUCAUUAUAGGAGGAAGGAUAAUGGUAGAACAGUGAAGAAGAAGGGUGUUGAGCUGGAUAAUUGAUAUGUCGUUCCUUAUAAUGCAAAGCUUUUUUUGAAGUACAAAGCUCACAUAAAUGUGGAGUAUACAUGUCAAACCAGUGCUAUUAAGUACCUUUUCAAAUAUAUUCACAAAGGUAACGAUCGGGUAACAUCUAUACUCAGUUAUCCUGGAGGGAGUGGAUUAGCUUCUUUAGAUGAAAUCCAGAGAUAUUAUGAUUGUAGGUGAGUACAUAUCAUUGUUCCCCAAAUGCUUUUCCUUUUUUUUCGAUGAUUGUUUUAAUGGUUGUCUAUUAAAAUGACUUUAAAAUG